CAAACUUUUGAUAACGCGCAGAUCACAAUCUCGAGCAGAUUUAACGUCGGGCGACAUUCAAGACACAUCUACGUCGAGGCACAGCUAGUACUGCAAGCAUGGACUCCUUUGUUGCCGGAGCGGUCGCUGGAAUCACCGAGAUUCUUCUCCUGUACCCUCUAGAUGUCUUGAAGACACGAGCACAGUUGUCCACCACGAAGGGUGAUUCAAUGCUAGGUGCAUUUCGUACCAUCGUGAAGAAGGAGGGUACAUCUGUUCUUUACCGCGGUAUCUAUGCGCCACUUGCGAUGGAAGCACCAAAGAGGGCAACGAAGUUUGCAGCAAAUGACUACUGGGGCCAAUUCUGGCGUAAGCAGUUCAACGCGGAGAAGACAACGCAGGGACUUGCGGUACUCACUGGAGCGUCAGCAGGAGCGACAGAGUCCUUUGUUGUCGUUCCAUUUGAACUCAUCAAAAUCAGAUUGCAAGCUGUCGGUUCAACUUAUACGGGCGCAUUUGACUGCUUCAAGAAGAUUAUUGCGACUGAAGGUGUGCUGAGCUUGUACAAUGGCCUGGAAUCAACUAUGCUUCGACAUGUCUUUUGGAACGCAGGCUACUUUGGAUGUAUAUUUCAAGUAAAGGCGUUAUUGCCCAAGCCCGAGAGCAAAGGAGGGGAGAUGCUCAACAAUGUUGCAGCAGGAACUGUCGGUGGAACUGUAGGUACCAUCCUCAACACACCUUUCGAUGUCGUCAAGUCAAGAAUCCAAGGAGCUGCUAAAAGCCCAGGUACCGUACCGAAGUACAACUGGGCCGUUCCAGCUCUCUUCACGGUCGCCCGCGAAGAAGGUGUCAAGGCCCUCUACAAGGGCUUUGUGCCGAAGGUGAGCCGACUGGCACCUGGCGGUGGUCUCAUGCUGGUUUUGUACUCUACAAUCAUGGACAUGUUUGCCAAAUGCAAGUAGAUUGUUUAUUGAAUCAAUAGUCUGAUACUAUAUCGCGC